UUGUUAUAGUGAAAUGGCGGGGGAAUAUGGAAUAUUGUGAGAAAUGGUUGGUUUAGGAUGUGCGCUUGGAGUUCAACCCGUUUUGCUUUUGCAACAUCAUCAUCAUCAUCGCUCUUUGCUUCAACCAAUAACACUUACGACGCAACUCACACGUUCGGCUUCAUUAUUCCCUCAUUCUUGCUCAAACUUGAUAAUUUCAAAUGCCCGAACAAGGCCUAGGUUUUCUCUACCCCAAAAGCAAGAGGAACAACCUUCUUCUUCUUCCGAACAAGUUGAAUGGAUUCGAAAUUCGGGAAUCAUAUCUUCAUGCUUGGUUGGUCUCUUAACCGGCGUCGCAGUAGUCCUCUUCAACAAUGUUGUUCAUGAAAUUCGUGAUUUGUCGUGGGAUGGGAUUCCCGAUAGAGGAGCCUCAUGGUUAAGAGAAGCGCCUAUUCAAGAAACAUGGAAAAGGGUUAUACUUGUUCCAGCUUUUGGAGGACUUAUCGUCUCUCUCCUCAACCUCCUUUCUAAUUCCAAUUUCAAUUCCCAACCUUUCUUAAAAGCUAUUGCAGCUUCUGUUACUUUAGGUACCGGUAAUUCCUUAGGUCCCGAGGGUCCCAGCGUUGACAUUGGCAGCUCCAUUGCCAAAUGGAUUGCUUCAACUCCUUUCUUCACUUCCGCCAGAAUUCUCCCUCUUCUUGCUGCUGGAUCUGCUGCCGGCCUCGCUGCUGGUUUCAAUGCUGCUGUUGCUGGUUGUUUCUUCGCUGUUGAGUCUGUCCUGUGGCCCUCUGAUUCUAAUUCAUCUUUAUCACUUACCAAUUCUACUUCCACUGUUAUUCUCAGUGCUGUCAUAGCUUCUGUCAUUUCUCAGAUUGGCCUUGGCUCUCAACCUGCCUUUCAAGUUCCAGAUUACGACUUCCGUUCUCCUGCUGAGCUCCCACUGUAUUUAUUGCUGGGUAUUUUAUGUGGUUUGGUAUCAUUGACCCUGUCUUGGUCCACAUCCUAUAUGUUUACUAUAUUUGACAAUCUUCACAAGGCCACUGGCAUGCCAAAAGCUUCCUUCCCUAUAUUGGGAGGAUUAUCGGUUGGCUUCAUAGCAUUGUUAUAUCCCGAGAUACUCUACUGGGGUUUUGAGAAUGUUGACAUUUUGUUAGAAUCUCGCCCAUUUGUCAAAGGUCUCUCCACAGACCUAUUGCUUCAGCUAGUAGCUGUUAAAAUAGUUGCUACUUCUCUGUGUCGGGCUUCUGGAUUAGUGGGAGGCUAUUAUGCCCCGUCUCUCUUUAUUGGCGGUGCAACUGGGAUGGCUUACGGGAAAUUAAUUGCCUUGGCUGUUGCUCAGUCUAAUUCUGUGAUUGACCUCUCUGUUUUGGAAGUGGCGUCACCACAAGCUUAUGGCCUGGUUGGAAUGGCUGCGACUCUUGCAGGAGUUUGCCAAGUGCCACUUACUGCAGUUCUGCUUCUGUUUGAACUGACACAGGACUAUCGGAUUGUUCUACCCCUACUUGGAGCAGUAGGCUUGUCAUCAUGGAUUUCAUCUGUACAGACAAAGAGAGGUGAUGAAAGGGAUAGAAAAAAAUUGAAGAUACAAAACUCAAAUUAUUCCUCGCUUCCAGAAAUAUCUUCUCGUAGUUCAAUUAAGUCGUCUACCGGGGAUACCUUUGCUGAAGGCGUGUCAUAUUUGAGUAAUUCAUCUCAAGUGGAAAGUUCAAGUAGGAUAGAGGAUAAAAAUGAUGAGUCAGUGAAUUAUGUAACGAGAAUAUUAGUUUCGGAAGCCAUGAAAACAAGAUAUGUGACGGUUUCCAUGUGCACACCGCUUACUAAAGUAAUAGAUCUCAUGCUUGCUGAGAAACAGUCUUGUGCAGUAAUUGUUGAUACAGAUAAUACUUUGAUUGGUUUAUUGACACUUAGAGACAUUCAAGAGUACGGAAAAUCUGCAAAAGCUGGAAGCGAAAAUUCCAAGGAGAUUUUAGUUUCUGAAUUAUGUGUUUUAAAUGGAGGAAUAUGUAGUACACCAUGUACAGCUACUCCAGAUAUGAAACUUCAUCACGCUCAAAUGAUUAUGAAAGAACAUGGAGUCAAUCAAAUUCCAGUUGUAAGGAACAUCAAUGAAAAAGCUUAUCCAGUUGGCCUGCUAGACCCCGACAGUAUCAAUCUAACAUACAGUGUUUUGGCCACAAGACAGUCCCUCAGCUGAUAUUCCACAUUGUUAGGAGGAAGAAGACUCUUUCUUACAUUGAUUUACAGUCUAUGAAAUUGAAAAUUUUAAUAUAAUUUUUUUUUUGUUUGUAAAUUUCCUUCAUGAAGUUGUAUUUUCUCAAAUAGACUUUCCACCCUUUUCUUUAGUUCAACAGUUUUUCAAUUAACUUUGUAAAAGGUCAUGAUUUGGAAUGGUGAUUGAUCUUUUUAGAAAUUUGUGAAGUAAGGGUUAUGAAAUAAGGUCAUGAUUUUGGGAGAUGAUUGGUAUUUUGCUCAAUCAUUGAAAUCAAGAUGCAAUUUAUUCUCUAAAAAUCACAGUGAUCUACCAAAUUUGUUCUUAGUAACAAUAAUUUAGUGUUAUUAUAGUUAGUCAAGUAAUUCCUCUAUAAUCAGGAUGGGAAACUUGUCAGGUAUUGUAGCCUUGUUCGUCUAUAUGCACAUCCUCCAUGAAUUGUCCUUCUUCACUAAAAUUACAAGGCUGGAAUACACACUAGCAAUUUUUUGAUAAUUCCAG